AUGACGAUUGUCUCGGACUCUCGAAUAGAGUACUUGGAGCGAGUCGCCUCCAUCGUCCUCAAGUUCAAGCCCGACAAGUGGAACAAGAUGCUGGGAGCUGAAGAGAACGUGACCCUGUUCACGGAGUUCCUGGAGAAGCCCGACGUCUUGGUUCUGGUGAUGACGCUCAACUCGGCUGGCAUGAUCAUCCCCUGCCUGGGCUUCCCAGCCUCUCUCAAGUCCAAAGGUAUCUACUUCAUCAAGACGAAACCUGACAACAUCACCAAGGACAACUACAAGUCCCGCCUGCUCUAUGGGGACAUCAGCCCCACGCCCGUGGAACAGCUGAUUGCCACUGUGGAGGAGGUCCUCUACUCCCUGUUAAAUCAAGCAGAGAACAUGAGCGGGUGGCCCCGGGUGGUCUCUGAGGACAUCGUGAAGCAAGUCCACAAGCUGAAGAAUGAGAUGUUUGUGAUGGGGGGCAAGAUCAAAGGGAAGACCCUUCUGCCUAUCCCCGAGCACCUGGGCAGCCUGGACGGCACCUUGGAGUCCAUGGAGAGGACGCCCCGCGCCCUGGAUGACUCACUGCUGCAUGCCAUCGAGACCAUCAUCAUUGACUGGUCCCACCAGAUCAGGGACGUGCUGAGCAAGGACUCGGCCCAGGCCCUGCUGGACGGGCUGCACCCACUGCCCCGGGUCGAGUUUGAGUUCUGGGAUGCCCGGCUGGCAAACCUUAACUGCAUCCACGAACAGCUCAACAGACCCAAAGUGAACAAAAUAGUUGAGAUCCUAGAAAAGGCCAAAAGUUGCUACUGGCCAGCCCUGCAAAAUGUCUAUAUGAACGUCACUGAAGGGCUGAAGGAAGCCAACGACAUCGUCCUGUAUUUGAAACCUCUGCGAAUCCUCUUGGAGGAAAUGGAGCAGGCCGACUUCACAGCGCUCCCAACCUUCAUUGCCAAAGUGAUGUACACCAUCUGCUUCAUCUGGGCUACCUCCGAGCACUACAACACACCCUCCCGGAUCAUUGUCAUCCUGCAGGAAUUCUGCAACCAGAUUAUCGAGAUGACGCGAGCUUAUCUGAGCCCAGAAGAAGUGCUGAAAGGUUUACAGGGUGAGAUCGAGGAGGUCCUGAAUGGCAUCUCUCUGUCAGUGAACGUGCUUAAGGAGCUUUACCAGACGUACGAUUUUUGCUGCGCAAACAUGAAGCUCUUCUUUAAGGACAACAAAGAGCCUGUGCUGUGGGAAUUCCCUUCUUCUCUUGCAUUCUCCAGAAUGAAUUCCUUCUUCCGUCGCGUCCAGACCAUUGAGGAUCUCUAUAAAACAGCUAUCGAGUUUCUGAAGUUGGAGAAAAUUGAGCUCGGGGGAGUGAGAGGCAACAUCCUGGGGAACCUGGUGACCCAGAUCUACGAUGAGGUCUUUGAGCUGGUGAAGGUGUUUGCUGACUGCAAAUACGACCCCCUGGACCCCGAGGAUUUGAGUUUUGAUGAAGACUAUGCUGACUUUCAGACCAAAAUCCAAGAUCUGGAUAGGAGGCUGGCCACCAUCUUCUGCCAAGGAUUUGACGACUGUCCCUCGAUUGAGUCCUGUACAAAGCUCCUGCACAUGUGUGGGGGUCUCUUGGAGCGGCCUCUGAUUCUCGCCGAGGUGGUGCCCAGGUAUUCCGUCAUGCUGGAGCUGUUCGAUGCAGAGCUGGACAACAUCAAGAUCUUGUAUGAUGCCCAGAUGGCAGCCUCACAGGAGGGGAAUAUCCCCCCAAUCCACAAGAACAUGCCCCCGGUGGCCGGGCAGCUCAAGUGGAGCCUGGAGCUACAGGAGAGGCUGGAGGCGCCCAUGAGGGACCUGAAGCACAUUGAGCACCCGGUCAUGUCCAGUAUUGAGGCCAAGCUAAUCUACCAGAAGUAUGACGAGAUGAUGAUGCUGCUGAAAAACUGCCGUGAGAAGACCUACCAGGAGUGGGUGGCGCGAGUAGACCAGGACUGCCACUUCAACCUGGGACAGCCCCUCAUCCAGCGGGACUCCACCACGAAACUCAUCCAAGUCAACUUCAGCAAGGCGUUGGUGGCGGUUCUGAGAGAGGUCAAGUAUCUGAAAUUUCAGCAGCAAAAGGAGAUGCCAGACAGUGCGGAGAGUCUGUUCUCACAGAACGAAACCUUCCGGAAGUUUGUAGGCAACUUGGAACUCAUCGUUGGGUGGUAUAAUGAGAUAAAGACCACAGUGAUGGCGGUAGAAUUUCCGCUCAUCGAGUCAGAAUUGGAAGCAAUCGACGUGAAGUUAUUGGCCGCUGAAACGACAUUGUUUUGGAAUGGCGAAGGUGUGUUUGGAUAUAUCCAAGGGAUGCGAGAAAUACUACACGACUUGCAGACCAGGAUGCAAAAAGCAAAGCAAAACAUAGAUGCGAUUUCCCAGGCUAUGAAGGACUGGUCAGCCAACCCAAUGUUUGAAAGAAAGGACAACAAGAAAGAUACCCUCUUAGACUUGGAUGGAAGAAUGAUCAAUCUCAACAAACGCUACACAGCAGUCAAAGAUGCGGGUCUGAAGAUCCAAGCCAUGGUUGCGGAAAAUGCAGAACUGUUCAAAGCUGAUACAACAAGCCUCUCCUGGAAAGAUUAUGUCAACUAUAUUGACAAUAUGGUCUUAGAUGAAUUUGACCAGUUUAUUCGCAAGUCUUUAAAUUACCUAACGGACAACAUGGCUGUGGAUGGCAGCGUUGCGCCCCUGUUUGAGGUCCGCAUGGAGCUGGAUGAGGACGGGCUGACCUUCAACCCGUCCCUGGAGGUGGGCUCAGACCAGGGCUUCCUGGCAUUGAUCGAGAGCCUGGUCAACGACAUCUACAACACAGCCAAGCUCAUCCCCCGCCUGGCCAGGGGCAGAAUGAACUACAAGACGGACCUGGAGGACAUGACAGACCUGAUAGACAUGAGGGAGGAAGUCUCCAACCUGGUCCUCAGCGCCAUGAAGGAGGCUGAGGAGUACCAGGACUCCUUUGAGCGCUACUCCUACCUGUGGAUGGACGACCUCCAGGAGUUCAUGAGGCACUUCCUGACCUACGGGCACGCCAUCACCCCGGAGGACCUUGACAUGCGCGCUGAUGAGAGCCUCCCCAAGACGCCCCCCACCCUUGAGCAGUUCCAGCAGCAGAUCGACUCCUACGAGAAGCUAUACGAGGAAGUAUCCAAGUGCGAGAACACGGUGGUGUUUCACGGCUGGCUGCAGUGCGACUGCCGCCCCUUCAAGCAGGCCCUGCUCAACACCAUCAAGCGCUGGAGCUUCAUGUUCAAGCGGCACCUGAGUGACCAUGUCAUCAACAGCCUGGCCGACCUGGAGGCCUUCAUGAAAGUUGCCAGAAUGGGCUUGACCAAGCCACUCAAGGAAGGGGACUACAACGGGCUGGUGGAGGUCAUGGGGCACCUGAUGAGGGUCAAGGAGCGGCAGGCGGCCACCGAUACCAUGUUCGAGCCACUGAAGCAAACCAUCGAGCUGCUGAAGACGUACGGCGAGGAGAUACCUGAGGAGACACACACGAAGCUGCAGGAGCUGCCGGAGCAGUGGACAAACACCAAGAAACUGGCCAUCCAGGUGAAGCAGAAUGUGGCCCCCCUCCAGGCCAACGAGGUCAACAUCCUACGGCGGAAGUGCCAGCAGUUCGAGCUCAAGCAGCACGAAUUCCGGGAGAAGUUCAGGCAGGACGCCCCGUUCUCCUUUAGCGACCCUGAUCCCUACAAGUCCUUGAACAAGCAACAGAAGAGCAUCGCAGCCAUGGAGGCCAUCAUGGAGGCACUGUCCAAGUCCGGGAGCCUCUUUGAGGUCACGGUCCCCGACUACAAGCAGCUCAAAGCCUGCCACAAGGAAGUCCGCCUGCUGAAGGAGCUCUGGGACAUGGUUGUCAUGGUCAACACCAGCAUCGACAACUGGAAGACCACCAAGUGGAAGAACAUCAACGUGGAGCAGAUGGACAUAGACUGCAAGAAGUUUGCCAAGGACGUGAGGUCUCUGGACAAGGAGAUGAAGGCCUGGGACGCCUUUGUGGGGCUCGACAACACCGUGAAGAACAUGAUCACGUCCCUGCGUGCCGUGAGCGAGCUGCAGAACCCCGCCAUUCGGGACCGCCACUGGCAGCAGCUCAUGAUGGCCACCCAGGUGAAAUUUGACAUGUCGGACGAGACAACCUUGGCAGAUCUGCUCCAGCUGAAUCUACACAAGUAUGAGGACGAGGUCCGCAACAUCGUGGACAAGGCCGUGAAGGAGUCUGGGAUGGAAAAGGUGCUGAAAGCCCUGGACAGCACCUGGUCAACCAUGGAGUUUGAGCACGAGCCACACCCACGCACGGGCACCAUGAUGCUCAAGUCGGACGAGGUGCUGGUGGAGACGCUGGAGGACAACCAGGUGCAGCUACAGAACCUGAUGAUGUCCAAGUACCUGUCCCACUUCCUGAAGGAGGUGACGAGCUGGCAGCAGAAGCUGUCCACAGCCGAUUCGGUCAUCUCCAUCUGGUUCGAGGUCCAGAGGACCUGGAGCCACCUGGAGAGCAUCUUCAUCGGCUCCGAGGACAUCCGCGCCCAGCUGCCCGAGGACUCCAAGCGCUUUGACACCAUCGACCUGGAAUUCAAGGUCUUGAUGGCAGAUGCCGUGAAAACGCCCAAUGUGGUGGAAGCCACGAACAAGCCGGGUCUCUACGACAAACUUGAGAAUCUAAAGAAGAGCUUGGCAGUGUGUGAGAAGGCGUUGGCGGAGUACUUGGAGACGAAGAGGCUGGCUUUCCCCAGGUUCUACUUCGUGUCCUCGGCCGACCUCCUGGACAUCCUCUCCAACGGGAAUGACCCUGUGGAGGUCAGCCGCCACCUGUCGAAGCUCUUCGACAGCCUGUGCAAACUGAAGUUCCGGCUGGACGCCCAGGGGAAGCCCCUCAAAUUGGGCCUGGGCAUGUACAGCAAGGAGGACGAAUACGUGGACUUUGACCAAGAGUGCGACCUCUCGGGGCAGGUGGAAGUCUGGCUGAACCGCGUGCUGGACCGAAUGUGUGCCACGCUGCGCCACGAAAUCCCGGAGGCCGUGGUGACAUACGAGGAGAAGCCACGGGAGCAGUGGAUUUUCGAUUACCCGGCCCAGAUUGCACUAACAUGCACCCAGAUAUGGUGGACGACCGAGGUGGGCCUGGCAUUCUCAAGGCUGGAGGAAGGAUAUGAAAACGCUAUCAAAGAUUACAACAAAAAACAGAUCAGUCAGCUCAACGCGCUCAUCACUCUGCUCAUCGGAAACCUCAACCCAGGCGACAGGAUGAAGAUCAUGACUAUCUGUACCAUCGACGUGCAUGCUCGAGACGUGGUGGCCAAGAUGAUCACCGCCAAGGUAGAGAGUUCUCAGGCCUUCACCUGGCAGUCACAGCUGCGGCAUCGCUGGGAUGAAGAAAAGAGACACUGCUUUGCUAACAUCUGUGAUGCCCAGAUCCAGUAUUCCUAUGAGUACCUGGGCAACACGCCACGGCUGGUCAUCACCCCGCUCACAGACAGGUGCUACAUAACUUUGACACAGUCCCUGCACCUGAUCAUGGGCGGAGCCCCCGCCGGCCCAGCUGGGACCGGCAAGACAGAGACCACUAAGGACCUGGGCCGGGCCCUGGGCACCAUGGUGUACGUCUUCAACUGCUCUGAGCAGAUGGACUACAAGUCCUGCGGGAACAUCUACAAGGGCUUGGCGCAGACCGGCGCCUGGGGCUGCUUUGACGAAUUCAACCGCAUCUCGGUGGAGGUCCUGUCAGUGAUUGCUGUGCAGGUGAAAUGUGUCCAAGAUGCGAUUCGGGCCAAAAAGAAAAUCUUCAACUUCCUCGGGGAGGUCAUCGGCCUCAUCCCCACCGUCGGGAUCUUCAUCACCAUGAACCCCGGCUAUGCUGGGCGCACGGAGCUGCCCGAGAACCUGAAGGCCUUGUUCAGGCCCUGCGCCAUGGUGGUCCCCGACUUUGAGCUGAUCUGUGAGAUCAUGCUGGUGGCCGAAGGCUUUUUGGAAGCCCGCCUGCUGGCCAGGAAGUUCAUCACGCUCUACACCUUGUGCAAAGAGCUGCUUUCAAAGCAGGACCACUAUGACUGGGGUCUUCGGGCCAUCAAGUCGGUGCUGGUGGUAGCCGGGUCCCUUAAGAGGGGGGAUCCCAGCCGAGCUGAGGACCAGGUGCUCAUGAGGGCGCUUCGAGACUUCAACAUCCCCAAGAUCGUGACGGACGACCUGCCCGUGUUCAUGGGGCUCAUCGGGGACCUCUUCCCGGCCCUGGAUGUACCCCGGAAGCGGGACCUGAACUUUGAAAAGGUCAUCAAGCAGAGCAUCCUGGAGCUCAAGCUGCAGGCCGAGGACAGCUUCGUGCUGAAGGUGGUGCAGCUGGAGGAGCUGCUCCAAGUGCGCCACUCGGUGUUCGUCAUCGGAAACGCAGGCAGCGGCAAGUCACAGGUCCUCAAAUCCCUCAACAAGACCUACCAGAACUUGAAGAGGAAGCCAGUGGCGGUGGACCUGGACCCCAAGGCUGUCACCUGCGAUGAGCUUUUCGGCAUCAUCAACCCAGCGACCAGGGAAUGGAAAGAUGGCCUCUUCUCCACCAUCAUGCGGGACCUGGCCAACAUCACGCACAAUGGCCCCAAGUGGAUCGUCCUGGACGGGGACAUAGACCCCAUGUGGAUCGAAUCUCUCAACACCGUCAUGGACGACAACAAGGUCCUCACCUUGGCCAGCAAUGAGCGGAUCCCCCUGAACCGUACCAUGAGGCUGGUGUUCGAGAUCAGCCACCUGAGGACAGCUACCCCAGCCACCGUCUCCAGAGCCGGGAUACUGUACAUCAACCCAGCGGACCUGGGGUGGAACCCUGUGGUGAGCAGCUGGAUCGAGAGGCGCAAGGUGCAGUCGGAGAAGGCCAACCUGAUGAUCCUCUUCGACAAGUACCUGCCCACCUGCCUGGACAAGCUGCGGGUCGGCUUCAAGAAGAUCACGCCAGUGCCCGAGAUCACGGUCAUCCAGAUGAUCCUCUACCUGCUCGAGUGCCUCCUGACCGAGAAGAACACUCCGCCCGACUCGCCCAAGGAGCUCUACGAGCUCUACUUCGUGUUCGCCUGCUUCUGGUCCUUCGGCGGUGCCAUGUUCCAGGACCAGCUUGUGGAUUAUCGCGUCGAAUUCAGCAAAUGGUGGAUCAAUGAAUUCAAAACCAUCAAGUUCCCCUCACAGGGGACCAUCUUUGACUACUACAUUGACCCCGACACCAAGAAGUUCCUGCCGUGGUCGGACAAGGUGCCCUCCUUCGAGCUGGACCCAGAUGUCCCUCUGCAGGCCUCCCUGGUCCACACCACCGAGACCACUCGCAUCCGCUACUUCAUGGACCUGCUCAUGGGGAAGUCGUGGCCCGUGAUGCUGGUGGGGAACGCGGGCACGGGCAAGUCAGUGCUGAUGGGGGACAAGCUGGAGAGCCUGAGCACUGAUGACUACAUGGUGCAGGCUGUGCCCUUCAACUUCUAUACCACCUCGGCCAUGCUGCAGGGGGUCCUAGAGAAGCCCCUGGAGAAGAAAUCGGGUAGAAACUAUGGACCGCCAGGCACCAAGAAGCUGAUCUACUUCAUCGACGACAUGAACAUGCCCGAGGUGGACAAGUACGGCACGGUGGCCCCGCACACGCUCAUCCGGCAGCACAUGGAUCACGGGCACUGGUAUGACAGGCAGAAGCUGACGCUGAAGGACAUCCAUAACUGCCAGUAUGUGGCUUGCAUGAAUCCCACUUCCGGAUCCUUCACCAUUGACCCCAGACUCCAGCGCCACUUCUGCGUGUUUGCCGUGAGCUUCCCAGGCCAGGAGGCCCUCAUGACCAUCUACAGCACCAUCCUGGCCCAGCACCUAGCCUUCCGCUCAGCCCCCAUGGCAGUCCAGAAGAUGAGCAGCCAGCUGGUGGCCUCGGCCCUGGCCUUGCAUCAGAAAGUCGCCACAACAUUUCUUCCCACGGCCAUUAAGUUUCAUUACGUCUUCAACCUCAGGGACCUCUCCAACAUUUUCCAGGGACUCCUGUUUUCCUUACUGGAGAUCUUGAAGACUCCACUGGACCUCGUUCGCCUAUGGCUGCAUGAAGCUGAACGAGUGUAUGGUGACAAAAUGGUGGACGAGAAAGACCAGGAGACGUUGAGCAGAGUCACCGUUGCUUCCACCAAGAAGUUCUUUGAUGAUCUCGGUGAUGAACUCUUAUUUGCCAAGCCAAAUAUCUUCUGCCACUUUACUCAAGGGAUCGGUGAUCCGAAAUACUUCCCCGUGUCUGAUGUGGCUCACCUGAACAAGCUUCUGGUGGAAGUGCUGGACAGCUACAAUGAGGUCAACGCCGUCAUGAAUCUGGUGUUAUUUGAAGACGCGGUGGCCCACAUUUGCAGGAUCAACCGCAUCCUGGAGUCCCCCAGAGGGAACGCCCUGCUGGUAGGGGUGGGUGGCAGCGGCAAGCAGAGCCUCUCCCGCCUGGCCGCCUACAUCAGCGCCCUGGACGUGUUCCAGAUCACCCUCAAGAAGGGCUACGGGAUCCCGGACCUCAAGCUGGACCUGGCCGCCCAGUACGUAAAGGCGGCGGUAAAGAAUGUGCCCUCGGUGUUCCUGAUGACGGACUCCCAGGUGGCCGAGGAGCAGUUCCUGGUGCUCAUCAAUGACCUGCUGGCAUCGGGCGAGGUCCCUGGGCUGUUCAUGGACGACGAGGUGGAGAACAUCAUCUCCUCCAUGCGGCCACAAGUGAAGUCCCUCGGCAUGUCCGACACCCGGGAGACGUGCUGGAAGUUCUUCAUCGACAAAGUGCGCAAACAGCUGAAGGUGAUUCUCUGCUUCUCCCCUGUUGGCUCUGUGCUGCGGGUGCGAGCAAGGAAGUUCCCUGCAGUGGUCAACUGCACAGCCAUUGACUGGUUCCACGAGUGGCCAGAAGACGCCCUGGUGUCCGUUAGUGCCCGCUUCCUGGAGGAAACCGAGGGGAUCCCGCGGGAAGUUAAGACGUCCAUCAGUUUCUUCAUGGCCUAUGUGCACACGACCGUCAACGAGAUGUCCAAAGUGUACUUGGCUACCGAGAGACGCUACAACUACACCACACCCAAAACCUUUCUGGAGCAGAUCAAACUUUACCAGAACCUGCUGGCCAAGAAGAGGAUGGAGCUGGUGGCCAAGAUCGAGAGGCUGGAGAACGGCCUCAUGAAGCUGCAGAGCACGGCUUCCCAGGUGGACGACUUGAAAGCCAAGUUGGCUGUGCAGGAGGCCGAGCUCAAGCAGAAAAACGAGAAUGCAGACAAGCUGAUCCAGGUGGUGGGUGUGGAGACUGAGAAGGUCAGCAAGGAGAAAGCCAUCGCUGACGAGGAGGAGAUCAAGGUUGAGGUCAUCAACAAGAACGUCACUGAGAAGCAAAAGGCCUGUGAGACUGACCUGGCCAAAGCAGAGCCAGCCCUGCUGGCAGCCCAAGAAGCCCUGGACACUCUGAACAAGAACAACCUGACGGAGCUCAAGUCCUUUGGGUCCCCUCCCGAUGCUGUGGUCAAUGUCACGGCUGCCGUCAUGAUCUUGACCGCGCCCGGGGGCAAGAUCCCCAAGGACAAGAGCUGGAAGGCGGCAAAAAUCAUGAUGGGCAAAGUGGACACCUUCCUGGACUCACUGAAGAAGUUCGACAAGGAGCACAUCCCCGAAGCCUGUCUGAAAGCAUUUAAGCCCUACCAAGGCAACCCCACGUUCGACCCCGAGUUCAUCCGCUCUAAGUCCACAGCCGCCGCGGGCCUGUGCUCCUGGUGCAUCAACAUCGUCCGCUUCUAUGAGGUCUACUGCGACGUGGCCCCCAAGAGGCAGGCCCUGGAGGAGGCGAACGCAGAACUGGCGGAGGCGCAGGAGAAGCUCUCCCGGAUCAAGAACAAAAUCGCCGAACUCAAUGCCAACUUGAGCAACCUGACGUCAGCGUUCGAGAAAGCGACGGCCGAGAAAAUCAAGUGUCAACAAGAGGCCGAUGCCACCAAUAGGGUGAUCUCACUGGCCAACAGGCUGGUGGGAGGAUUAGCAUCGGAAAACGUCCGCUGGGCCGAAUCCGUGGAGAACUUCAAGAGCCAGGGGGUCACGCUCUGUGGGGACGUCCUGUUGAUUUCCGCCUUCGUCUCCUACGUGGGCUACUUCACCAAGAAAUACCGAAAUGAGCUAAUGGAGAAAUAUUGGAUCCCUUAUAUAAAUAAAUUAAAGGUACCCAUCCCCAUCACGAAGGGCCUGGACCCCCUGACUCUGCUAACAGAUGACGCGGACGUGGCCACCUGGAACAACCAGGGCCUCCCGAGUGACCGCAUGUCCACUGAGAAUGCUACCAUCCUGUGCAACACAGAGCGCUGGCCGCUCAUUGUGGAUGCGCAGCUGCAGGGGGUCAAGUGGAUCAAAAACAAGUAUGGGAGUGAGCUGAAAGCCAUCCGCCUGGGACAGAAGAGCUACCUGGACAUCAUCGAGCAGGCCAUUUCUGAAGGAGAUGCCUUACUCAUCGAGAACAUCGGUGAAACUGUGGACCCCGUGUUAGAUCCUUUACUGGGCAGAAACACCAUCAAAAAGGGAAGAUUCAUUAAGAUUGGUGACAAGGAAGUGGAGUACCACCCCAAAUUCCGCCUUAUCCUGCACACCAAGUACUUCAACCCACACUACAAGCCCGAGAUGCAAGCUCAGUGCACCCUGAUCAACUUCCUGGUCACUAGGGAUGGACUCGAAGACCAACUCUUGGCUGCUGUGGUGGCCAAAGAGCGCCCAGAUCUAGAACAGCUGAAGGCGAACCUCACCAAGUCUCAAAACGAAUUUAAGAUUGUCCUGAAAGAGCUGGAAGAUUCUCUGCUGGCCCGUCUGUCAGCCGCGUCGGGGAACUUCCUAGGAGACACGGCCUUGGUGGAAAAUCUGGAGACCACGAAACACACGGCCAGUGAGAUUGAGGAGAAGGUACAAGAGGCAAAAAUCACAGAAGCUAAAAUUAACGAGGCAAGAGAAAACUACCGCCCGGCCGCAGAGAGGGCGUCUCUGCUGUACUUUAUACUCAAUGACCUCAACAAAAUCAACCCCAUCUACCAGUUCUCUCUCAAGGCCUUCAACGUGGUAUUCGAGAAGGCCAUUCAGAAGACGGCCCCCGCUGAUGAGGUGAAGCAGCGCGUCACCAACCUGACAGACGAGAUAACCUACUCCGUCUUCAUGUACACUGCCCGGGGCCUCUUUGAGCGUGACAAACUCAUCUUCCUGGCACAAGUGGCGUUCCAGGUUCUGUCCAUGAAGAAGGAGCUAAACCCGGUGGAGCUGGAUUUCCUGCUGCGGUUCCCAUUCAAGGCGGGGGUGGUCUCCCCUGUGGACUUCCUGUUGAAUCAGGGGUGGGGCGGCAUCAAGGCCCUCUCGGAAAUGGAUGAGUUCAAAAACCUGGACAGUGACAUCGAGGGGUCUGCCAAGCGGUGGAAGAAGCUAGUGGAAUCUGAGGCCCCAGAAAAGGAGAUCUUCCCCAAGGAGUGGAAGAACAAGACGGCCCUGCAGAAACUCUGCAUGGUUCGGUGCAUGCGGCCAGACCGCAUGACCUACGCCGUCAAGAACUUCGUGGAGGAGAAGAUGGGCAGCAAGUUCGUAGAGGGCCGGAGCGUGGAGUUCUCCAAGUCCUACGAGGAGAGCAGCCCUUCCACACCCAUCUUCUUCAUCCUCUCCCCGGGGGUCGACCCCUUGAAAGAUGUGGAAGCUCUGGGGAAAAAACUAGGAUUUACCAUAGACAAUGGGAAGCUCCACAACGUGUCCCUGGGCCAGGGACAAGAGGUGGUAGCCGAGAAUGCGCUGGACGUGGCCGCAGAGAAAGGGCACUGGGUCAUUCUGCAGAACAUCCACCUGGUGGCACGCUGGCUGAGCACCCUGGACAAGAAGGUGGAGCGGUACAGCAUGGGCAGCCACGAGGACUACCGGGUGUUCAUCAGCGCCGAGCCGGCCCCCAGCCCUGAGUCCCACAUCAUCCCCCAGGGCAUUCUGGAAAACGCCAUCAAGAUCACCAACGAGCCACCCACCGGCAUGCACGCCAACCUGCACAAGGCCCUGGACCUCUUCACCCAGGACACGCUGGAGAUGUGCACCAAGGAGAUUGAGUUUAAGUGCAUACUGUUUGCCCUGUGCUACUUCCACGCCGUGGUGGCCGAGAGGCGCAAGUUUGGAGCCCAGGGCUGGAACAGGUCGUACCCCUUCAACAACGGGGACCUCACCAUCUCCAUCAACGUGCUCUACAACUAUCUGGAGGCCAACACCAAGGUGCCCUGGGAUGACCUCCGCUACCUUUUCGGGGAGAUCAUGUACGGUGGUCACAUCACGGAUGACUGGGACCGCCGGCUAUGCAGGACGUACCUGGCAGAGUACCUCCGGGGAGAGAUGCUGGAGGGUGAGGUGCUGCUGGCCCCUGGCUUCCAGACGCCCCCCAACCUGGACUACAAGGGUUACCAUGAAUACAUUGACGAGAACCUGCCACCGGAGAGCCCCUAUCUGUACGGCCUGCACCCCAACGCUGAGAUUGGCUUUCUGACGGUCACCUCGGAGAAGCUGUUUCGCACCGUCCUGGAGAUGCAGCCCAAGGAGACGGACUCAGGGGCCGGCACGGGGGUGUCUCGAGAGGAAAAGGUGAAGGCGGUACUGGACGAUAUUCUCGAGAAGAUCCCAGAGGCAUUCAACAUGGCGGAGAUCAUGGCCAAGGCAGUGGAGAAGACACCCUAUGUGGUGGUCGCCUUUCAAGAAUGUGAAAGAAUGAACAUCCUAACCAAUGAGAUGCGCCGUUCGCUCAAGGAGCUCAACCUGGGGCUUAAGGGGGAGCUGACCAUCACGACUGACAUGGAGGACCUGUCCACGGCUCUGUUCUAUGACACGGUGCCCGACACGUGGGUGGCCCGGGCCUACCCCUCCAUGAUGGGCCUGGCAGCCUGGUACGCAGACCUGCUGCUCCGCAUCAGGGAGCUCGAGGCCUGGACGACAGACUUCGCACUGCCGACGACCGUGUGGCUGGCAGGCUUCUUCAACCCACAGUCCUUCCUCACGGCCAUCAUGCAGUCCAUGGCCAGGAAGAAUGAGUGGCCGCUGGACAAGAUGUGCCUGUCCGUGGAGGUGACCAAGAAGAACCGGGAGGACAUGACCGCACCCCCCCGAGAGGGCUCCUACGUGUACGGGCUGUUCAUGGAAGGUGCUCGCUGGGACACACAGACGGGAGUCAUCGCAGAAGCGCGGCUGAAGGAGCUGACGCCAGCCAUGCCAGUCAUCUUCAUUAAGGCCAUCCCUGUGGACCGCAUGGAGACCAAGAACAUCUAUGAGUGCCCAGUGUACAAAACACGCAUCCGUGGGCCCACCUACGUGUGGACCUUCAACCUCAAGACCAAGGAAAAGGCAGCCAAGUGGAUCCUGGCGGCCGUGGCACUGCUCCUGCAGGUCUAGCAGGGCUGGGUCCUGCGCGGCCCACCCCCCAUGCUCUCGGGACAGACAGACGGCCUGACCACGACUUCCAAUCAGACACUCAGCCUCACCACCCUUAUUAUUUUCAU